AUGAUUAAUGCUUACGUGACAAUUCAACUUCGAAUGGUGCCAACCGAUGAAUUCGAGAGAAUCCAAUGCAUCUGUGAAGUAGAGUCCUACCGUGAGGCUCUGAAGAAGGCGAAACCACCGAAACGUCAGCAACUUUGUAUUAAUGAAUGAUUCGAGCGAUUUCCUCAGCACUCUCACGCACUCACAGCAUCGCCAUCGUGUCCAGGCUGGCGCUACGCGUCUUGUCGCUUGGCGUCCCGUGGUGCGAGAGUCGACUGGCCCGGCUAUGGUGGUUCGGCUGCUGGUACUUUUCGGGAUGCACGUGCAGUACUUGCUCGAGGCGUCUGAAUAUAAAGAACUGUAUCAAAUAUCAGAGUUCGACAGUGGUACCUUCGUUAAGACUCUUGAAGGCGUUUGUAAGCAAACUGACUUUUUCGCCGACUACCGAUAG